AUGUUAUUUAUGCUUACAGGUCACCUUAUUCCAUCCCUCCACAGAGGGCAUACACAACUCAAACUGUCGGCCAUAUUCAAUUUCCAAAGUCUGAUUUCGGUGAUCUUAUUGCUCAUUUGUACUUGUGCCUAUAUCCGAUCUUUUGCUCCCAAAUUGAUAGAUAGGAAUAAAGAGGGAUUGCUCGGCGUUUUCUGGAAGUUGGCUAGAAUAGGUGAACGGUUGAGUCCUUGGGUUGCUGCCUGUUGUUUUUGUAUGGCUUUUGUUGUGCUGUUCAUCUGA